GCCAAAUUGUAUAAUUCUGUUCAUAGGCUUGAUGAGGUAUAUAGCUGAAGAUACACCAGAGUAGGAUGGGUUCAGGCCAUUGAGGGAGUAAAAAAAAGCCAGUGGGAUAGACGGAGAAGGGAAAAGUAGAGGGUCAAGUUUACAAAAAAAAAAAACUUGUAACUUAGUACUUGUCAGAGCUCCUUGGAGUUAAAAGAUCAGGAAUGCUAAAGGCCACAAAGGAGAAGGAAGAAAAGCUCCUUCAAAAAAUGCACAGUGACCCAUGGAGAGAGGAAUAACUUGACCAUGAAGGAAAACUGGGCAGUUCAGAGGAGCCAACUAUCUCCUUUGAUGAGGGAGAGCCCAGAUGGCAGAAAGUCAAUGACUUUAUCCGAAAGGCCAGGGGAAGAUCUGCACCAGGGCUAAAUAGAAUUCCAUACAGAGUUUACAAGAACUCCAAGUGUCUGAGGAGACAUCUUGGGAGGCAACUUAUGGUAGUGUGGAGGAAGAACCAUCUGCCAGUUUUCAUAUUGUUGAGAGCUGUUUCAUCCCCAAGCAGGAGGACUGUUCCAGCUUGAAAGACUUCUGCACAAUUUCAUUGUUGUAUGUGGAGGGCACAACAGGUUCAUUGAUACCUCUGUACAAACAGGCAGAGUACCAGGAGUCCCCGGUUGCAUCGAGCACAACAGCGUCGUCUCCAAGAUCAUUGAGGUUGCUAAGAGGAACCAGGGAGAUCUAACGGUCCUGUGACUCAACCUAACAAAUGCUUAUGGCACAGUUCCGCAUAAGCAUUGAUCAGGCUGUGGGACAGGCAAACAUUGUAGUGAAGAUGGGGCAGAAGUGGAAAGCUAGCGGAGCUCUGGGGGAAGCGGAGGAGCUCUUACAACAUGCAGACAUUAUUGGCACGGUGACUCAGGGGAGGCUGGGCCUGGAAGUCAUCACCCGAGCAAGCUAGAAGGAGGCAAGGGUAAAGGACCAGAAAGGGAUGGUGCAGAAGGAGAUUCAGGCUAUGGAGGAGGAGAGCAGACAAGCCAUGGCAGUGGCCAUGAAACUGCAAGGCAGCUGGACUAGGUGGGAAGGUGUCAAAGGAAGAUCUCUCAGUUGGAAGGACAUCUGGAACAUGGAGGGGCAUCGGAUAAGGUUCCUCCUUAGCUCCGUGUACGAUGUGCUGCCAACACCAACAAACCUCCAAAGAUGAAGACUGACAGAGGAUCCGUUCUGUUUGCUGUGCGAGAGACCAGCAAACAUGGAGCACAUUCUGUUGUCCUGUUGGGCAGGCCUCACUGAAGGUUCAGGUGGCGAAAUGACCAGGUGCUGGGGCAACUGGCCGAUGGACUGGAGAAGGAGGGGAAGCGGAAAAGAACCAAGGCCCAAGACAAAGGUGUGCUUAAUGUGACAGAGCGGUACAGCUUUUUAACAAGAGCAAAUAUCUUACAUGUAAGCUCCUACUAUGCCACACCAGGAAUUACACCCACAGAAAUACACUUGACCUCUUAAAAUGAGCACUCCAAAACAUGCAGUUGAUCACUCCACUUUAAAUGCACCAAAAGAAAAAAAACUAAAAGUAAAAAAAAAUACUAACCUGUAGGGAUGUCCCAAUCCGAACACGUGAUUGGAAAUCGUGCCCGAUCACGUGGUUUCAGACUCGAUCGGAAUCGGACGUUACCUCCCGAUCAGGACUCGGAUACAUAUGCAGGGUUUAAAUUGGGCCAGGGCUGUUCAGGGUUAAGCACUCUGCUCCAUGCCAGUGUACACACUGCGCUGGUGCGUGUGAACUGAUGAGAAGAGAAUAAUGACGUGUUUUCAUUCAUAGGCUUCACACUCGUACGUGCGGGGCACUCACAACAAAACUUUUUUUUUACUUUUGUUAUUUCAGUUUGAGAUAAAUCACUCCUCAACUUAGCUCAUCUUUGUUUUCGCCGUCGCAAAUGGAAAUACCUAUGACGCAGUUUUUUUACCCGACGGGAGGGGUUCUGGUGGACCAAUCAAAGCGCUUGUGGCUUUAUUUUGCAUAAUCACAGCAAACCCCUGAGUCUUGGUUAGAUACUUUAAAAAUACUAGCAUGUACUACUGAGACACAGUCCAUCUACCACACAACGAUGCUGCUCUAAUCUCCAGCAUUUUCUAUAAAGAUGCAGUGAUGGUAAUUUCACAGAAUUUCAAAUAAUGGUUUUCUGAUAGUUAGAUAUAGAUAUUUAUUUAAUAAUAUAUGGUCAGGUUAGCAUGACUUAUAGUACAUAAACAACAAUCAAUGUUGUUUAUUUUUAAGCUUAAACUAUUUGCAAUCUUUAUUGCUCUCAUCCUUAUUGAAAACAAAAUUUUUUACACAAGCAAAAUGGACAACGGAACAUAUUUUUAUUUCAUGUUGUUUGAAAAUCUUGGACACAUGAGAUACAUUUUCUUCAGUUUAGCCUUUAUUUAUUACUGUGUUGUCUUAUGUUUGAAUGUCCUUAUUGUUCUUGCAAUACGUCAGGAAAGGACAUUACACCAGCCCAUGUACAUUCUGAUUGCAUGUUUGUCCAUUAACUCUUUGUAUGGUACAGCUGCCUUUUUCCCAAGGUUACUGUCAGACUUGCUGUCUGAUAUACACACAAUCUCCCGUGAAACUUGUUACUUGCAGGUCCUUGUCAUAUACACAUAUGCAUCGUAUGAGUUUACAAUAUUAACAUUAAUGGCAUUUGAUAGACUUGUUGCAAUCAGUAAACCUUUACAAUAUCAUAACAUAAUUACUCCAAGAUCUCUGACUGUAUUAAUGGUUAUUAACUGGACUUAUCCUUUAAUUAUGGUUGGUAUUGCUAGUAUUUUAACUGCCAGACUGACUAUUUGCGGUAACAAACUGUACAAAGUAUACUGCCAUAAUUAUGACAUUGUGAAACUUUCUUGUGUGCGCAAUACUGUUAUUAAUAUUUAUGGUCUUCUUGUGACAAUCACAACUGUUUUCAUCCCUUUGAUAUUUAUUUUUUAUUCCUAUGUCAAAAUCCUUAUUGUUUGUAAAAGAAGCUCACCAGAGUUCAGAAGCAAAGCUUUUCAAACUUGUGUCCCUCACAUGGUGAUCCUUUUCAAUUUCUCAAUUGCCAUUUUUUGUGAGCUCACUUUGAGUCGAUUUGUGGAUGGUGAGCUUCCCACAACACUUACUGUUGUUCUUUCUCUUAAUUUUCUUAUUAUACCACCUUUAUUAAACCCUGUUGUUUAUGGAUUAAACUUUCCUGAUAUUCGCAAAAACUUUAUUUGCCAUAGAAAAGCUUCAUGGUAGUCUGAUAAAGUAUAAUUAUUAAUUGCUUGUGUUGUAAUAUUGUUUUUUUUUCUUAAAAACUUUAUAAAAGUUUUCUUUCAUUAAAACUUCCAUAUCAUUAGAGUUUACCGUAUAUUAAUAACUUCAAACAUAGAUUUUAUUCUUUUAUAAAGU